UGUUCAAUGUGAACGGCACAACUUGAUUCGUUUUUGGUCUUACUGUUUGCUAAAGUGCAAAGUUCUUCGACUUAAGAAUAAAAAUUACUAUGAAGUUAGAUGAAGUAGAAAAAUGCGCGCCAAGCAGUGCUUGGAAUGUGCUGUACUGGAUGCUUGGCAGCUUUCUAAUGCCUGUGGCUUUUCCAUUGGCUAUUAUAAAUUUGUGGCAACGCUUUCGCGCCCAGAAGUACCGCAAUCAGUUAUCGGGCAAGGUUGUGCUUAUAACGGGCGCCAGUUCUGGCUUGGGCGAGUCCCUUGCGCAUGUCUUUUAUAAGGCGGGUUGCAAGGUCAUCCUGGCCGCCCGUCGUGUCCAGGAGCUGGAGCGCGUAAAGAAGGAUCUUAUGGCACUGGACGUGGAUCCAGCAUACCCGCCAACCGUUCUGCCUUUGGAUCUAGCUGAACUUAAUUCUAUCCCAGAUUUUGUUACCCGCACUUUGGGGGUUUACAACCAAGUGGAUAUCUUGAUAAAUAAUGGUGGCAUUAGCGUGCGUGCCGAUGUUGCUACCACUGCUGUCGAUGUCGAUCUUAAGGUAAUGGUGGUAAAUUAUUUUGGAACGGUGGCGUUGACAAAAGCACUGUUGCCUUCAAUGGUAAAACGUCAGAGCGGUCAUAUCUGCUUCAUUAGCUCCGUGCAAGGAAAGUUUGCGAUACCUCAACGAGCAGCUUAUUCCGCCUCCAAACAUGCACUGCAAGCAUUCGCCGACGCUUUGCGCGCUGAGGUGGCCAAUAAGAAAGUGUUCGUAUCCUGUGUCAGUCCUGGUUACAUACGCACACAGCUCUCGAUGAAUGCGCUGACUGGAGCGGGCGGAAGCUAUGGCAAAAUGGAUGAUAAUACGGCCAAGGGUAUGUCGCCCAAUAAGCUGGCGGAACGCAUAUUACUAUGCAUCAUGCGUAAGGAACCCGACAUAAUUGUUAGCGAUAUCCAGGCGAAAAUUGCCUAUUAUUUGCGUCAUUUGCUGCCCUCUGUUUACUUUUGGAUUAUGGCAAAACGUGCCAUAAAAUUGGAAAAGGCUGAGAAAAAAGUUAAUUAA